AUGGCAGAAGAGACACACCCAGCAUAUCUCUCACCUAGUGAGCUGGGCACAAAAGACUACUGGGAAACCUACUACGCUCGCACCCUCGCCCACAUCUCCCACACGGACGCCGACCAAUCCACAAAACAAGAGGCCGAUGCCUCCGCAGACUCGGACGCAGACUCAGACGUCAACGACGAAGAUGACCCAGGCACAUCAUGGUUCUCCGAGCACAGCGCCCCCGAAAAAGUCCUCCGCUUCCUAACGCGGCAAUCCUUCCCACUCGCACCGCGGAAUACACGCGCUCAGUCGGCGCAACCGUCUAUCCUAGAUCUCGGCACAGGCAAUGGGAGUAUGCUUGCGCUGUUGCGGAAGAAAGGACGGUUUACGGGGGCUAUGGUGGGGGUGGAUUACUCGGCGAGGAGUGUGGAGUUGGCGCGCGAGUUGCAGCGGUCUAGGGGGCAUUCUGCGUAUAGGACUGAUGAUGAGUCUGACGAGGAUGAGUCCGGAGAGGAGGGGGAUGAACAGCGAGACGCAGAUAUACCCGAGCCGGCACCUAUCCAAUUCGAGGAAUGGGAUAUCCUAGGUUCAAAGGCUGUUCUCUCCGAGUCUGGCGUGAAAUCCUCCCCCACACCCGAAGACGAAACGCUCUCCUGGUUCCCCUACCAGACAGGCGGUUUCGAUAUCGUUUUGGACAAGGGGACGUUCGAUGCGAUCUCGUUGGCGGAUGAUGCUAAGGCGACCCGUGUGUGUGAGCGGUAUCCUGAUAUUGCGAGGCGGUUGGUGCGUAGGGGUGGAUUUUUGAUCGUGACGAGUUGUAACUGGACUGAGGAGGAGCUUGUGAAGUGGUUUGUGGCGGAGAAGAAGGAGGAGGAGGAGGAGGGGGAAGUGAUCGGUUGGUUGUUUGGGGUCGUGUUGAGUAUCCGCGGUUUAGGUUUGGUGGGCAGGAAGGGCAGGGGGUGUGCAAACGAGGCAUUGUCCAAGCCUCUGUCUUUAUGA